CAUUAGAAUGAACAAAGGUAUUUGUCCCACACAAAAAAAUAGAUAGGGUUUGAAUGGCCAACCAGUGCUAUCAAAUACCCGGAUGUUCCUUCUGUUCCAUGGUAGCCAUGGAAACCCUUCAAAACAACAACAUUCGUUUUCCAGUGUAGAAAACGAAUGAUAUCUACGGGUUUCCAAAUACUUUAUCAACGUAAGUUUUGAUAUACGAAGAGAAACACGAUGGACGAGAGGCCUUCAUCAAACCUAAGCUUGAGAGCAUCUGAAAUCGUGAAAAAUGUACUGGAGAACGCACGCGGUGCCCUCGGCCACCAGCAAGCGGUGGAAGACUCCACCGAAUACGAGUUUAGAAACAUAGAAUGGAUAACUUCCAAGGACUUUACAAUUGAACUGGGGAAAGUGCGAAUCGAGGAGUACAUCCACACAUGGGAGGUGCACACCAGCUGGCUUUUUAGCCUAGUAUUCCUCGAGGAGACGGAUCAUGAGUUUCACAAACAGUACCACUACCGGGCACAAUGGAGCAUCCCCACCCGACGCACCCCGAUCCCCAAGGCGACUGCCAGUGUCUACUUUGUCAUUGUGAUUUCCAAGAUCAAACCUCAGACUUUGCCCGUGGAGGUGUACUUUCUAGUGGAGUCGAACAGGCUGACACACAGGCCAGGGAAAACGAGGUUCAGGGAGAAGUGGUUGAAAGACGUCAUCGAGAGCAAAACGUUGCUCCAGAAUACUGUCGACUUUUAGCAAUGUAAACAUUGGAAUGGACAACUAACGUUUCUGUGGCGAAUAUUCAUCUCGUAUGAGACACCUAACGUUACCUAGCGAGCACAAUUCCAGGCCAAAGAGGAACACACGAGUCAUUACAUGGGCUUGUAUCAAUAAAGGGACCACUGCCUUCACUGUGAAGAGUUGGAAAAAAACAUAACUGCAUAUCAGCGAAGCUGUGUUUUACAACAACUCGGUUGUUUUUUAUUUGCUAACUAGCGAUACAACACAGCAGCUAGUACCUAACGUUAGUUUAUUUUACGCUGGGUUAGCUAACUGGCAAAGCAGCAUCAGCUCGCUAAUCAUCAUUGAGUUUACGACAGCCCAUUUCAAAAGGUGUUAUGUAGAUUAUGAUAAAAACCUAGACAAAUGUAACAUUUCACCCAAGGAAAUUACCUGAAUAGUCAGCGUUUUAUUGACAGAUCUGCUCGCUAAGGAAAACAGGAAAUGUGUAAAUAUACAAUAGAUCACGUUACGGUGCUCUGCUUCUCGAUUGGCUGUUUCAUAGGCACGUCAACCGCUAACCACCAACCACGAGAGGGCAUGCAUUGACUGCUCUGUAACACUAGAGGGCAGCAUUUUAUGUGAGAUAAUCCUCCCUGUGUGAAUCAUUAAGUUUCAUUGUGGAACAGCUACAGUAUUUAAUUGAAUUUAAAUAGGAGAAAAAUCAUUCCGCAUGACUCAUUUGUAUUACUUAUGUUUGGCACAAAUGUUUAUUUCACCAAUUAGAGUAUGAACUAAUGAUUUGAUCAAAUCUAGAUGGAGUGUGCAUCCGAUUGUAAUCUCCAACAUUCCAGCAUCAUGGAGAGCGACAUAUCCACAUACAGCCCACUACCGAAAGUAGCUAAUGGUUUAUCUAUAACAUUAUUAUUUCUGUUGUUAACCCAAUCACAAGAGGAGGAUUGUUCAAUUGAUAAAAUACAAUAUCAACAUGUGAUGCAAAUGAAAUAUGGAUGAUUUAGAGAUCAUUCACUGAUCAUCCCAUUGAGGAUGUAUCUAUCUCUACUAUGGAUUGUUCCAUGUCUCGUUCAACAACAUGCAGUGUGAAAGGUCAGCCAGGUGUGCAAAUGUCAAAUGAGCUCAGUGGUUUUUGCCUGUCUCUUAUACAACAUGGUUGGGAGGAACAUUGACUUCAACAAAGGUAAUUGGACAAGGUCCAUUCAGGUCUCAUAAUGGGGUGCCCACGAAUUCUCACAAACCUCAAUGUAAAACCACUGUCUGGAUGGGUCCCAAAUUGUGACGACCCUCCCACUCUGUCUGCCGUAUUCUGUCUUUGUUCUUGUUUCCUUAUUAGGAUGCCGGUGGGCGGAGUUGAGAGGGUCGUCAGCUACAUGGGAAACACCUGGCCAGGUGUCUCCCAGGAUAAAUAGACCUCUUCCACAUUCAUGGAGGAGACUCUCUCCAUGCAGACACCUUUUGUAGAUUGUGGUGUGGUUCUUGGUGGCCUUUUGUUUGUUUGCAUUGGCACCUUUCAUCACCCUGCAUUAUCACAUUCAUGCAUGCAAAACACUCACUUACACUACUGAUUACUGAUUACACACACCAUUGUAUAUUAUACUUAGUUACUUAUUUAAUAAAUAUAUAUUUUGCUACUCCUUA